AUGUCCCCGUUCCUGCUCGGUUCCCUUUUGAUCGUCUCGGUCGCCGGCCAGGGUUGGCAAUGGAAUCCGUUCCAGCAAUGGCAGCAACCGGCGGCCGCGUGGCCCCAGCAGCAGCAGUGGGGAGCCGGCGGGUUCGGAGCUCAGCCGCAACCUCAGCAGUUCGUCGCGGCGCCAGCUCAGCACGGAGUCACCAACGCCGUUCAUGAUCGCAUUCAGCAGAUGUAAGACAAGAUUGCUCAGCGUUUUUGAAAAUGAAGAGGAAAUGUUUAGAUACGGAGUCGCUGGCCGCAGAAAUGCCAACCAGAAGCUGAGAGUUUGCUGUCGAUCACUGAAGGAUGCGGACGUGGACUGUAGAAGAAAGUAUUGCGAUUUUGAGGCUUUCAGACCAGACCAGGUGAGCAAAAAGACAAACAAACAAACAAAAAACUUUGAGCAAGAACGCAUGAACUGUAAACUUUGUAUUAGAAGAGCACUCAAAUGCCAUCUAUUCAAGACAAUGUAGCUCAGCUGCCGCUAACGAUAGCAAACAGUUGUCAACUGAUAAAAUAUGUGCAAUGUCUUUCUGAAUAAUUGAUUAGUUGACAACUUUUUGAUAUCUCUUCAGUCAACUGAGAUAUAUAGUCUUGAAAAACCGGUACUGCUUCUCACCAGUUUGCUGAAACGUUCACGUGCCUCGUUUGAAUUUUGUUGUUUGCCAAAAACAGAAACGACGGCCACAGAAUUCAAAGUUUGCGAUAGAGCGCGUUAUCGUUAUUGUAGCGAUAUGAAACGGUUCCAGGUGCUCGGCUACCUCGGCGAGUGCUCUCCGAAGGGUCCGACCGUCGGUCAGAUGUGGGACUGCGCCUCUUCCCGUGCCGAUCACACCGCGUGCUGCCAACGUCAAGGAGUCCUUCCCGCGUGCAUGGCCUACUGCGAAACGACGAACGGAGUGCCCACCGACUACCUCAAAUACGCGCUGUGCAUCGGUCAGUUCGACAAAAUCCGCUUCUGCUUCCGCGAGUACCUCGAGGGACAUCCGAACAUCAAGGGAGACUCUUAA